AUGUCUGAGCUGUCAUCUACGGUGGCAUUGCCGUCUCGGAUAGCUUCUUUGGUGCAUGCGCAUUUUGAUGCGCUACCCACACGCAGUAAACCAACUAUCUUUCCUGAUGGCUCUAGGGAGUGGAUCCCGAUGACUGGCAUUGUAGCUGUCAAGGGUGAAAGUACAUCUUCAGAAAGCCUUCAUUGCAUAACGGUCACGAGCGGUGCAAAAUGUUUAUCAGCAUCUCAAGUUCCACGGUGCCGAGGUCUCGUUCUUCACGAUUGUCAUGCAGAGAUCUUAGCCAUCCGUGCCUUCAACUACUGGCUCUUGACGGAAUGUCAUGGCUUAAUGACCGAAGAAAAGCUUGAGAGUACUAAACCUUCUCCAUCACCAAUCAUUCGGAGAAGAGAAUCCCCAAAUGGCUGCAACGAUACGCCAGCUUCUUCAAUAGACUGGCCACCUUUUGAGAUUCAGCCCGACGUUAAGCUAUACAUGUAUUGUACCUGUGCUCCCUGUGGCGAUGGAAGCAUGGAGCUGUGCAUGGCUGCUCAAGACGACGCAACACCAUGGGAGGUGGUACGUGAACACAAUCAUACCCCAGAGGCACAGGAAGGACCUGCUUUGGUGGAAGACAAUCUCCUCGACGGUCGAGCUCAUUUUUCACUUCUGGGCGUUGUACGGCGCAAACCAGCACGCACAGAUGCAGAGUCAACGCGCAGUAAAUCUUGCUCAGAUAAACUUGCCUUAAAGCAAGUUUCUUCUUUAUUAUCAUGGCAGACUAGUCGGUUGGUUGCCCCAACUCAGAAUUCAUACCUGGCAGGACUUGUUCUUCCUGAGGACGAGGUCAGCCAUAUUGCAUGCGAAAGAGCAUUCGGCGAAAACGGUCGAAUGAAAGCUUUAGGUGGACGGUCUUGGCCGGGUGACACUCUAGGUCGUAUCGGAUAUCAAUUCCGUCCUUUCCAGAUUAUGUCUGUGCCAGCUGAGGAAAUCGAGGCACUUUGGAAGUUUGCAAAGCCAAAAUCUAUCACUCCGGAAGCUACAGACUCUGGAGUCGCACCAAAGAAGAGCAAACCAGGCAAUGUAAGCGCUGUAUGGACCUUAGCUCCAUCUCAUUCGCACAAGUGUACGGUGCUAUCAGAUACCGGUAGCAAGCAAUUGCCCGCGCUCUUUCGAUCCAAGACCGGCUUAUACGAAAGCAUUAUCGGAGGUGUGAAGCAAGGUAACAAGGCGUCCUCGCCUCUGCCACGCGGUGCUUCAGCACUAUCUCGGUCGAAGCUUUGGGCUCUCAUGUCAAUUAUUAUUGAGUCAGAAGGUCGCGCGCAGGACUCUCAAAACGCCAAGGAACAGCCAGUGGAUGCAACCGCUGGAGCCCUUCCAGAAAUAUGCCCCUUGGGAAAUACUCAAACAGCAGCUACGUACCAAGACCUGAAACAAUCCCGAGACAAGGUUUCAGGUCCCCAUCAACCUCGCGAAGAAGCUAUACGAGAUGCUAGAGAGGUUCUCAAAGGAUGGAUAAGGAACACGGGAGAUGAGGACUGGGGAUUAGAUGUCUUGUGUGAUCCUAAGAAGCGAAAACGCUGA